UUUUUUUUUUAAUUUCUAUCUGAGAUGCAGUUAGACAGCAAAUACUUUAGAAAGCUGGAUCUGUUUAGGAAACAGUAGAUAGAUAAUGGCUGCCUCCGAUUCAAGUUGUCCCGAAGAGCUGGCUGAAGAUUUGGCAAUUCAGGACCCUGUAGUAAAUGGCUCACCAAUCUGUGAAGAAAAGUGGGGGAGUAGAGAAUUGAAAAAUGAAGGGGAACUUCUGAUGGGAUUUGAAAGCAAAGAUCCAUGCCAGGCCUGGGAGCCAGGCCUGGGAGACCAACUGUCUGAAAAUGAAUCAUCCAAGGAUCACUCACCCAGUAUCUUGGCAGAAAGUCCCUCAGAAGUGAAGCAGAAGGAGGAAGAGGUGCUUUGUGAUUUCUGCUUGGCAGAGAAAGUGCAGGCAGUAAAAUCCUGCUUGACCUGUAUGGUAAAUUACUGCCAGGAACACUUGAGGCCUCACCUGGAGAAUGUCAAACUACAGAGUCAUAAGCUUAUGGAUCCACUAAAGGACAUCGACAUACAGAGCUGCAAGACCCACAAAAGGCAUCUCAUCUGGUUCUGCCCCAAUGACCUAAUCUGUAUCUGUGAGGAAUGUCUUUCUGAUGGACAUCAAAACCAUCAAGCUGUGAUCUGUGAGGUAGCCAGGAAAGAAAAAGAGUGUGAACUUCUUCAUCUUCAAGAAGAAUAUGAUUGGAAAAUGAAGUCAUCUGAAAACGCAAUUGUUAAAUUGCAGAAGAACUCAGAGUCUAUAGUGAAUUCAGUAUCUGAAGUGAAAAACUUCGUGGAAGAGAAGUUUGACGAGCUGCUGCAAGCUGUCAAGGCAACCCAUGCCACUGUGCUCACUUUUCUGGAGGAGAAAGAGUGUGCUGCAGUUAAUCAUGCAAAUGGAAUAAAGAUCCACCUUCAGAAUCAGCAAGCGACAAUGGAGGAAUGCAGGAAAAGAUUGGAGAAGAUGGCCACCCACACUAAUGAUAUUGUCUUCCUAAAGGAAUACUGUGAAUUCAAGAAGCAUCUGGGAGAUGAUGCAUUGCCCAGUGUGUAUAUUGGCCUGAAAGACAAAUUAUCAGGAAUCCGAAAUGUGAUCUCUGAAUCCACUGAACAGCUUUUACAAUUACUACAAACUUCUUAUAAAGAAAAAUUGCAGAGGUUUGCCAAUGAUGAAAAUUCUGGGAUAAAAACAACAGUGGCUGCAAUUGUUCCAUCCAAACAUCGCCUGUCAGCUCCAGAACCCCAAAGUAGGAGUGACUUCUUAAAGUAUGCUUGCCUGUUAACAUUUGACCCAGUUACUGCUCAUCGCUAUUUGAGGCUUUUGGACGACAACCACAAGGUCUCCAACACCACACCCUGGGAGCACCCGUACCCAGAUCAUCCAGAAAGAUUUGCACACUGGCGCCAAGUCUUAUCUGAUCAAAGCUUGUAUAUGGGUCGUUAUUACUUUGAAGUUGAGAUAUUUGGAGCUGGUAUUUACAUUGGCAUGACAAAUAAGAGCAUUGACAGGAAAGGUUUGGAGAGCAACAGUUGCAUCUCAGGGAAUAACUUCUCCUGGUGUAUUAAGUGGAACGGCAAGGUUUUCUCAGCUUGGCAUGGUGAUGUGGAGACACCUUUGAAAUCUCAGGGAUUUAGCAGAAUAGGGAUCUACCUAGAUUACCCCAGGGAAGCACUCUCCUUUUAUGGCAUCGCUACUGACUCAAUGAGUCUCUUACAUACUUUUGAAUGCAAGUUUAAUGAGCCUUUAUACCCAGCCUUCUGGCUCUCAAAGAAGGAAAACAGCAUUCAGAUCGUUAGGUUGCGAGAAGAAGCUGAGCAGAAUCCAGAAGCUUCUCUUCCUUCUACAGAAGAAGAAUCGGCUUCCAGUCCUAUAGGGACUCAUGACUAAAGCAAUGCACAGUGGAAACUGUUAAUUCAGAACUGAGUUGCUGAUUUUGUUAUACAAUAUUGGCAACAGUGGUCAGUUGUGAACACUUUGUAGAAGAAUCCUAUUGAAAAAUUGUCUUUUAUAUACUUCAGGUUGCUUAUUACCUCUGUGAAUAUUACCUCUCACUGAGAGAGAAAACAGUAAAUUAUAACAAUUCUCUUGUUUUUAAGUGAAAAUAUUGAAAAUACUUAUUUGCAAAAUCAACUUCUUUCUGGUUGUAAACUUCUAACAGAAGCAUUCAAAAUGAAAACCAAAUGGCUGUUAGCAUAACACUGCUUACUAUGUAUUGAAAAGAUAAGGACAAUUUAUCUAUAUAUACAGUCACUCCUUGUCCAAUCCCCCUGUACUGCCUAUGCUAUAGAAAGUACAAGUCACAUGUAUUGAUCAUAUCAGGGAGCUUUUAGAACAACUGAUGUCACCCACAUCACUUUUGACUGUAGGAAAAUUACUGUAUGCAUAAAGGUGAAAAGAAUUGGCAUUACCCACAAUGGAGGAAUGGUUGGUGAAGAUGAUAGAACUUGCUGAGAUGGCUACAUUAAUUUCUUUGAUCAGAAAUUAUAAACUUUUUUUGUAAAACAGGAAAAAACGUAUGAUGUUCUUGAUGAUUAGAUAGGAUAAAUUAUAGAAAGAAGAGGGUCAUGUUAUAACCAUAGUAUAAGAAAUAAAUUUAUAAUUGUACUUAUAACUGCUGUAAAGAUCAGAAACCACUUCUUUGCAUCUUUUUUUGUAUUUAUGUUUCCUCUGCUCAAUAAGCGUAUUGUAUUUCAGUGGAUACACAAGUAUAUUAUACCUUAUAUUGCACCUACAGUGAAAGAGAGAGAAUUCAGUGUGCAUAUUUAAGGAAUAGUUAACAGUUCAGUCCGUCCAUAGAAACAGCUCUUUUAUUAUCUGAACUAGUUAAUGGGUAUUACAGUUGCCAAUGAAAGUUAACAAUGUCUACCAUACCAGCAACUCACAGCUUGUUUUCCUUGAACAUUUCAGGAACUAAUCUGUGAUGUUUCUAGAUGCUCUAGCUUGGAUGAGUUUCAUUAUUCUGAUAUUGGGUGCUUGAUCUUUCUGUGGUUGUUUACAAAGCCCCAGAUAUUAUCUUUCUUUCAUGCUAUCUUGCUGUAUGAGCUUGAAAGUUCUAGCAUUGCCAGUCAGUAUUGUGACACAUAGGAUCUUUGCAAAAAUUAGGGUUCAAGAUUCUGAAGAAUUAUGCCAUACAUCUACAGUAGAGCCAUCUACAUGUCUACAGCUAUGGUCCAGACUUUGAGCUGCUGCCAGAAGAAAACUGCUUAAUACUGGGAGCACAGUAUAGUCAUAUAACAUUUUGAUGUGCAAAAAGCGUCACAGAACACUAUAAAGGAAGUUCUGUUUACAAUAUCUAUUUUGUCUGGUUAUAGAAAUCUGUUACUAACAUUAUUAGUAAUUCCAUAUUACCAUUUCAGAUAUUUUAAAGGGUUUCUUAAUGUUAGAAUGAGACGUUGACACUAUUGAUUUUUUCUUAAAAAAAAUCCUUAAAGCGGAAUGUUUGGUUUCACUUAUUAUUUGUUUCUAUUCUGAGUUAAUCAGAUUCUUCGGACUGGUGAACUGAUUAGCUUUUAUAAAUGCAGUUAUUCAUUUCCAAGAUAGUCUUGUAAUGGGUACAUUUGUGUUGGCAGGAUUGUUGAUAAGGGGUAACAAUGAAGAGUGUGUUUAAAAAGUGAUAAAAAACAAAUGACCUUCAAAUUAAGAAUAACCAAAAAGUUGGGUUAAAACUAAUUUUUAUAAAUUCUCAAAAGAUAUUUGUUUAAUAUAUCACUAAAUGAAUUGAAAGCUGAUAUUAAAUAAAUGUAAUUUUAUCAUUAGCUAAUUCUUUUUCAGCCAAAGUAGCAUUUUGGGAAGUUUUAGAAAAGCCUAGAAAGUCAGCUCUUUCUCACAAGGGGGCAGUGUUGUGCUAUAAUAAUUCAAUAUGUUUGUUUAAUUGUAAACAUAAAUGUGAAAAAUUUGUCUUUCAGUGCCUUAGAAGGCAAAUUAUGUGUGUUCAAAUGUAUCUUAAUGCUUUUGAAUGGAUCAGAUUUUUUUUCCAGACAUGUUUAUGAUUUAAAGGAGUCGUGCACUGAAUGAGAGCUAAUAAACUGAAGUUUAUUCUAAUUAC